AUGGCCCCCGAAAAACGCAACAAAUUCCUCGACGCAGACGAGAGCGACGACGAUCUCGACCAAGGCUACGAUUCCGAGGCCGAGGAGCUGCGCAAGGGAGGCCGCACCGCCAAGAGGCGCAAAGUCGACAGCGAAGACGAAGAUGACUUCAGCGACGAAGAGCGAAAUGUUCCAGGGGACGCAGAAGACGCGGCGAGCGACAAUGAAGGCGCCGACGAGGACGGCGCAGAGGCCUCGACCUCGACCAACAAGAAAAAGUCAAACUCCACAAAGCCAGAUCUCCCAGACGUCUCCAAGCCCCUGACGAAAAAGAACCUCGUCGCGACGGAAGAGGCGAUUAAGAAGUCCGGCGUCGUCUACAUCUCGCGCAUCCCGCCCUUCAUGAAGCCCCAGAAGCUACGCUCCCUCCUCGAGCCGUACGGCAAGAUCAACCGCAUCUUCCUCGCGCCCGAGGACCCGACGGCGCACGCGCGCCGCGUAAAGGCCGGCGGGAACAAGAAGAAGUCGUACACGGAGGGCUGGGUCGAGUUCAUGCGGAAAAAGGACGCCAAGGCCGUCUGCGAGCUGCUCAACGCGCGGACCAUUGGCGGCAAGAAGGGGUCCUACUACCACGACGACAUCUGGACGCUGAAAUACCUCAAGGGGUUCAAAUGGCGUCACCUGACGGAGCAGAUCACGGCCGAGAACGCGGAGCGGACGAGCAGGAUGCGGGCCGAGAUCAGCAAGGCGAGCAAGGAGAACAAGGAGUUUGUGCGGAACGUGGAGAGGGCCAGGGUGCUGGACGGCAUCGCUGCGACGAGGGAGAAGCGCGGCAAGGCGGCUGCGGCUGCGGUGACGGAAGUGGGAGCGGGAGCGGGGCCCUCGGUUGGUGGUGCGGCAGAGGGGCAGCAAGACAAGAGGCGGACGGUGUUCAAGCAGAUACCCUUGGCGGAUAGGAAAAGCGAGGCUGGCUCGACUGCGAAGCCGGGAGGGGAUGUUGCGAGGGUGCUCGGGAAGAUCUUCUGA